AAGCUUGGCUUUGUGUAUAUUUUAUUCUGGAAGCAAAACGUUGACUGUUGAAUUCAGAAAUAAAAUGAAAACAAAAUACAAAAGUGCUUCACACACAGUAUUUGAAACAAUUUCAAUUUAAAUUAUUGAAUGCGGAAUUUUUGACGUACUCAAGAAUAUUCAAUAUUGUGGGUGAUAAAUGGAUUUGUGUACGAAUCUCAGCAAAGAGAAAACUCACUCAGAAAUGUGAUGAAAACCCAAAUAAAUCCCAUUAUAUGGCAGAGCAAUUGCAAAACCAAAUUUAAAGCAAAAAAAUAAUAAAUGUUCGUUUUAAAUAUUCACAGUAUUUAAUGUGUUCAUACCAUAAUAAAGGUAACAAUGAUUCAUCGUGCUCAAAAAAUGAAUCAACAUGCCAAUAAUUUGAACUGAAAAAGUCAAUUGAAAAAGUUGAAGAUAAGAAAAGUAAACAAAAUAAAAUUGGUCCAUUUGUGGGUGAAAAGAAGAGAUAAAAAGUUGCAAGAACAUUUUGUAUCAGUGCAUAUUACUGAUUAAACCAUUCCUCCACACAGUAUGGCUUCGGUAGCCGCUUGGCUGCCAUUUGCGCGUGCUGCAGCCAUCGGAUGGGUGCCAAUUGCUACGCACCCACUUCCACCGCCACCAAUUCCAAAAGAUCGACGGAAAACCGAUGACGAAAAAUUGCUUAUCAAUGUGUCUGGCCGACGAUUUGAAACGUGGCGAAACACAUUGGAAAAAUAUCCAGACUCUCUGCUUGGCUCAAACGAACGCGAAUUCUUCUAUGAUGAAGAGGUCAAAGAGUAUUUUUUUGACCGCGAUCCAGAUAUAUUUCGACACAUUCUAAACUACUAUCGAACUGGUAAAUUGCACUAUCCAAAACACGAGUGCUUAACAAGCUAUGACGAAGAGUUGGCAUUUUUUGGUAUUAUGCCGGAUGUAAUAGGUGAUUGUUGCUAUGAAGAUUAUCGGGAUCGAAAACGUGAGAAUGCUGAACGAUUGAUGGAUGAUAAAUUAUCAGAGAAUGGUGAUCAAAAUUUGCAACAAUUGACAAACAUUCGACAAAAAAUGUGGCGAGCCUUCGAAAAUCCACAUACAUCGACUUCCGCUCUAGUUUUUUAUUAUGUGACUGGUUUUUUUAUUGCCGUUUCGGUAAUGGCAAAUGUUGUCGAAACAGUUCCAUGUGGAUAUCGUCCGGGACGUGCUGGAACACUGCCAUGCGGCGAAAGAUACAAAAUUGUUUUCUUUUGCUUAGACACAGCCUGUGUCAUGAUUUUCACUGCCGAAUAUUUAUUGCGACUAUUUGCUGCCCCGGACCGUUGUAAAUUCGUGCGAAGUGUCAUGAGUAUCAUUGAUGUGGUGGCCAUUCUACCAUACUACAUUGGAUUGGGAAUCACCGAUAACGAUGAUGUGUCUGGUGCAUUUGUCACAUUGCGUGUAUUUCGUGUGUUUCGAAUUUUUAAAUUUUCACGACAUUCACAAGGUUUACGAAUUUUGGGUUACACACUCAAAUCAUGCGCCUCUGAAUUAGGCUUUCUUGUAUUCUCAUUAGCAAUGGCUAUCAUCAUAUUCGCCACUGUUAUGUUCUAUGCGGAGAAAAAUGUCAAAGGAACUAAUUUUACAUCAAUACCAGCUGCUUUCUGGUAUACCAUUGUAACAAUGACAACGCUUGGCUACGGUGAUAUGGUGCCAGAGACAAUAGCAGGCAAAAUUGUUGGUGGCGUGUGCUCUCUGAGUGGAGUGCUUGUCAUCGCAUUGCCUGUGCCCGUCAUCGUAUCCAAUUUCAGUCGAAUCUAUCAUCAAAAUCAAAGAGCAGACAAACGCAAAGCACAGCGCAAAGCGCGUCUGGCCCGUAUUCGUAUUGCAAAAGCAUCAAGUGGUGCUGCAUUCGUCAGCAAGAAAAAAGCCGCAGAAGCUCGAUUGGCAGCACAAGAAUCUGGUAUCGAGCUGGAUGAUACAUACCGUGAAGAGGAUAUUUUUGAAUUACAACAUCAUCACUUGUUAAGAUGUUUGGAGAAGACGACGGAUCGUGAAUUUGUCGAAUUAGAAAUUCCAUAUAAUGGUCAACCCAAGCGACCAGGCUCACCAUCACCACUAGCAAGUCCUACGCAUUCCACAAGCAGCACUAUGGGCUUGAUACAGUCAUGUUGUGGCGGAUGUUGUUCGCAAAGAUAUCAGGUAUGCUUUUUUGCAUUUAUACAUUUAAAUUUGCAACGCUUGCUUCUAUUUUAACAAUUUAAAUUGCAUAUGCAUCCGUGAG